AUGGGCAGUCGGCGACGUUCGUCCGAGUCCACCAACGCUGACCGGUUACGAGCCUCCAGAACAGGAAGGAACAACGUGUUUCGAUCAGUAAGCGACCGGGCGAUUCCGCUGGUCCAUGACUGCUCCAUUUUGGGCCCGAGCAGCGCUAAGAGUGUCCCCGUCUGCCGCAAAGAACAAAGCAGUUCGCCAUUCAAUGGGCAUUCGCUGAACGCCUCCGGUGAUCAACGAUGCUACAGCGAGAACGCAAUUUCAGCGGCCAUCGACUGUCCGGUAGGCACAACGAUGUGGAAGUUCGUGAACAGACUUUUCAAAGGCUCAAUUUAUCGCUUUCAGUACGUGACGCUUGAAAUUGAACUGGAUCGAUUACGAAGAACCGAGUACAGAUACAGGAGGAAAGAAAACGACUACGAGAAUCCGAAAUCGAAUCGAAAGGUCCACUGCACGCGAAGCGAUAUUGAAAUUCGGCUGAAGGAAGGCGACAGUACAACAAAUAUGGAUCGAUAUUUUUCGAAAUAUCGUUGCGAACUGAUGAACAGCGGGUACGAGCAGAAAUCGCUAGACCAACUUUGCUGGGAACUUUUCAAGGAACUCCAUGAACUGGAGUUGCAAAGAAACAAAAACCUGAAAGAAAUUGUCCACGACAAGUUCAGUAUCAGCUUCAGAGAACUGAGUGCGAAGCAUGGAACGCAGAUCGGCAACAAGUUUUACCUCAGCGCAGGACUUAGUGGCUACCACGUGUAUUCGACACUCGUUCGUGAGCCCGCAAUUAGACAACGUCUCGUGAUCUGCAAAUAA